GUCGUCGCCGUCGUCGUCGUCGUCGUCGUCGUCGCCGUCGUCGUCGUCGUCGUCGUCGUCGCCGUCGCCGUCGUCGUCGCUGUCACCAUCGCCGUCGCCGCCACCGCCGCCGCUAUCGUCGUGGUCGUCAUUGUGGUCGCCGUUGUAUCGUCGUCUCCGGUGUAGCCAUAUUCUCGUGUGUGUUCUAGCGGUCCUGUAGAAGUACGCGCGCGCGCGCACUCUUUUUAUUCGGUGGAGGGGUGGCGUCGAUCUUUUCCUUGUCGAUAAGAAGAAAAAAAGGAAGAUCGGCAGAAGUGGCAAGGAAUAACGAGAAGGGCGAGUCACGUGUGUCUUUCUCGUGGUGUGUCAUGGGGUGCUUCGGCAGCCAAAGCAGUAAGGCCAGUCAGGAUGAUAGUAAGAACCAGAAAAGACGCUCGGAUGCCAUUACCAGGCAACUGCAGAAGGACAAGCAAGUCUAUCGAGCUACUCACAGGCUCCUCUUACUCGGAGCGGGAGAAUCUGGGAAAAGUACAAUCGUCAAACAGAUGAGGAUAUUGCAUGUCAACGGUUUCAGCGAAGCAGAGAAGCGGCAGAAAAUCGAGGACAUAAAGAAGAACAUCAGGGACGCAAUACUGACGAUAACCAGUGCUAUGAGCACGUUAACGCCGCCCGUGACGUUGGAGGAUCCUGCAAAUCAGAGUAGAGUCGACUAUAUCCUGGACGUCUCGUCUUCCCCAGACUUUGAUUAUCCUGCGGAGUUCUACGAAAUCGUCGAAACAUUAUGGAAAGAUCGAGGCGUUCAGCAAAGCUUCGAGAGGAGUAACGAGUACCAGCUCAUCGACUGCGCCAAAUAUUUUCUAGACAAAGUAGCUAUUGUAAAACAACCGGACUACACGCCAACGGAGCAGGAUAUCCUGAGGUGUCGAGUCCUUACGUCCGGUAUCUUCGAAACCCGGUUUCAGGUGGACAAAGUAAACUUUCACAUGUUUGAUGUUGGCGGACAACGGGACGAAAGGAGAAAAUGGAUACAAUGUUUCAAUGACGUAACGGCGAUCAUAUUUGUAACAGCAUGUAGUAGUUAUAAUAUGGUACUCAGGGAAGAUCCGACGAAAUUGAGACUCCGGGAAAGUCUCGAUCUCUUCAAAAGUAUUUGGAACAAUCGGUGGCUCCGCACAAUUUCCGUGAUUUUAUUUCUAAAUAAGCAAGAUCUCUUGGCGGAGAAGAUAAAGGCAGGAAAGCAUAAAUUGGAGGAUUAUUUUCCUGAGUUCUCUCGUUAUCAAACGCCAGUCGAACCUGGUGUAGUCACAGAUCCCUCGGAACCUCCUGACGUCUUAAGGGCCAAGUACUUUAUCAGAGAUGAAUUUCUCCGUAUAAGCACAGCCAGCGGAGAUGGUAAACACUAUUGCUACCCACACUUCACCUGCGCCGUUGACACAGAAAAUAUCAAGAGAGUGUUCAACGAUUGUCGGGACAUCAUUCAGCGAAUGCACUUACGCCAGUACGAGCUCUUGUGACUUCAUUCCCGCCGACGUAUUGUCCUGUCGAGCAUUCGUCUUACUAUUAUGCUCCUGUUGUUCCACCACCACGAGCCGUUUCAAGCCAUACGAGAGAAGCUGUAUUGCCAUUACGUCUCGUAUCGCUAAGAAUAUAUUCUCGUGCCGCAAAAUAUGGCAAAUCGUAUCGAUAGAACGCGAACGGAACGACCUCGUCGCACGCGAAAAAGUAUACACACAACGUCAAGAGAAAAAGGAGUAAGCCCUCUCAUCGAGUAAGAAAUACUUUUUUCUCCGCUAUGGAACUUAUGCUUCGUUAGUUUUCCCCAAAUGGAAUUUUCACGAUUCAUGGGAAAAAAUAACGGAUCUAUGUUGACGAAGAGUACGGAGGAAAGAAUUUUUCUCUCUCUGUGAGAUCGUUGUACGAGCCCUGACACAACGCGUGUAUCACGUCCUGCUCUCCAACUCCGAUCUUGCUAUCUUUUGCAAUAUAGAUAUAUUUUGACACGUACUUUGAUAUACUUGGCUAAUUUUUUUCCUUUUUUUCUGUUUUUUUCUCUUUUUUCUUCUUUUUUAGAUUCGUGGAGAGUCUGAAUGGCUGAGCGGUCGUCUUUACACCGGCCGCUGAUAACUUGUGCAAUUCUAAUUAUUAUCUUGUUAAUAUUAUUUUUAUUACAUAUCAAUUCGUUGAUAAGAGCAAAGGGAAGAUAAGCGAGGACCGUGAUAUAUAUCCCCUAGAUUAUUAAUAUUUAUCACAAAUUGCAUGCGUCGUCCUCUGGAAAACGUAUGUUCUUCUUUCAAUACACUCUUUAUCUAAACGUUGCGGCUCAAUUUAACUGGUAAGAAUAUUCUUUAGGACUUUGGCCAUUUCUUCCUCUCUUUUCCUCUUUCUCUCCCUCCCUCGUUUUAAGGUAUAUAUUCUUUCAUAUCUUUCUUAGAAAGAAAAAACAAUCGAAUCCCUAGGACCGCCGAAAUCUUCCCUCGGUUUCGAAUCUCUGUUUCUUUUUCUUUUUUUUUCUUUUUCUUUUUCUUUUUCUUUUUCUUUGUUUAUUUGUCAUUGUGUCGUAUCUUACGAUUUUAUCAGAAUCUCCCCAUAUUUCUGGUAAUUGAUUUUCUACUUCUGAAUCUCAACUUUUAAUCGCAUCAGUCCGACCCCAUAGGAGUCUCAUCUGCACCUUUUUACGAGAAGAGUAUUUUAUGAAAUUUUACAGUAUUUCGAAGAGCGUUUUAAUUAUAUCUAUAAACUAUGUAUCGAAUAUGUACAGGGUGACCGUCCAUGAAUUUAUCUUUUUUAUCUAUAUUUCCUACGACAAGGAUUCCUCGUUAUAUGUCAUUUUCUACUGGUUUCCGUCAAAAGAUAAUUUUAUAAUGUGUACCUAGAUACAUAACGAUACUAAUAUAGCUAUUACGCGUGUAUCCAAAUUAAUGGAGCAAGUGCACCACGUUUAAGUUUCUUGUUAUACUAAUAUUACGUUCUCUCUUUGAACUUAGAAUGAGAAUACGUUGAUAGAUAAUAACAUACGUAAAUUUAAUUAUGAGAAGAAUAAGUUUCGUUCUAAAUUAAAUUGUCAGGAGAGAAUAUGUUCGUUAUCGCCCGGCGUAGCUUUUUAAAGAUAAUUUCUCUUUUGUUUAUGCGUUUAUCUUUUCCUCCUACUAACUUUGAAAGAGUACGAGAGUUCGAGCCAAGUAUCCUCUCUUAUGAAAUGUGACGAAAUUUGUGCUCUUCUUUUUGACAUUUGGGACACCCUGUAUAUGAAAAAAAUUAUCCUACUUUUCUCAGUGAUUCCGGCUAUGUAUUUUUUCUUUAAAUAUUACAUAACGAGACGACAAACGGGUUUCUGGGCUGUUACAAAGAUCGUGCACGAUAUGAGAGAACAUUAUACGUAAAUCAGUGAUUUGACACGUUCGAAAAUGUUGAUAUUUCUUACGAUUAAAGACAGGCGGCUAACACUAAAAACGCGAAUUGGCACAGUUCUCUAGCUGCUCUUCUUCUUCUUCUUCUUCUUCUUCUUCUUCUUCUUCUUCUUCUUCUUCUUCUUCUUCUUCUUACGUUUCUCCGUUUCUUUCUGGAUUGGGCACAAUGCGACAUUCUGUAUUUUAUAUUUUACUUUAUUGACUAUAAUUUUUUAUAUCAAUGAGUUUUCAAAAAUAUCACAUCUUUACAAAAGAAUAGAAAAGAGUAAUAUGUCCAAUAUUUAUACAAAUAGUUUUUCUUAUAUAAUUAUAAUUCAUUUUUAAUCUUUUAGAAUAUUCAUAAAAUAUUCUUCUUUUUAAUGUAAAAGCCUAAAAGCCUUCACUAUGCCGUAUCAAGUAUUGUUUUUAAUCAAUUCGUCCUAGUCCUUUUUUAUUACGCAAUAAAAUGUAAACAACAAAAGAAUAAACGUCUCAGACAGUCGUGUACAAUAGGGAUCUAAAUAUGAAGACUAAUAUUCGUAUUCUCGCGAGUACUUUAAGUAGUUUUAUUUCGUUUUUAAAUUCCUUCGUUUUCCAUAAUACUUUCACUCGCCUCUGAAUGACCGUUCCAAGCCUCUCUUUAGACUCAAGACUAAUAGAAUACAGAAGAGAAAGAUUUAAAAAAAGAAGGAAAGGAAAGUAAAGGAAAUUUGUCGGUAAAUGAAAAAAUGUUAGAGCGUUAAAAAGGAUACUCUAUAUAUGUAUAUGUGUUUACAUACAUAUAUACAUAUAUCCGCAUUAAAUGUAUUUUUGUGUAUCGAUAUUGAUGGGUGCGCUCACACAUAUUUAUGAGUACCUAUCAUACUAAUUACAUUAAGAAACAAGCCAUAA